GUGUUCUGAUGCAACAAUUCGGCACUUGGGAUCGCCGAGAGAUGAUUUGGGCAAACUUGGGGAGAUAGAUAUAUUGAUAUCGCCCUGAUUGAUCAUGAGGGAUUUUAUUUGAGUUUGCGAAGACAUCCUUCAACAUGUUACAGUCGCAGAGACCUCAAGGCUCGGUUGUCAUCAUCGGUGCAGGGACACAGGGAAGGAGACUGGCGUAUAUGUGGUCAAGUCGCGGUGGGCUUGUCUACCUUGUCGACUUGAACGAGCGCCAGCUUGAAGAGGGUCUGCGAUAUGUUCAGCAGCUUCGCACCGAAGCCGAGCACCCAGGAACAUGGGGGGACGUAAGACUAGCGACGCCAGAUUCAUUAGAGUCGAUUUUACAAGGCGCGUGGUUGGUGGUUGAGUGCGUCCCCGAAAACCUGGUGUUGAAGCAGAAAGUCCUCACACAGCUUGAUAAACUCGCACCAGAGAGGACAAUCAUCGCAUCAAACUCCAGCAGCUACGGAAUCGGUGAGAUUAUAGAGGGGUUGACCCUCAAAUCAAGGCAAAGACUGUUGAGUGCGCAUUGCUACUGGCCUCCAGAGACAUCAGCAAUCGAAAUCAUGGGCCACAAAGACACCGACCCUGCCCUCCCCAGCCUCCUAUCCGACGAAUGCGAAAAGCACGGCUUCUCUCCAUUCCGCGUGCGGCAAAGCUCAAUCGGCUAUAUAUACAAUCGCAUCUGGGCCGCAAUCAAGCGCGAGACCCUCUUGGCUCUCUCCGAAGGAAUCUGCGAACCACAAGAGAUCGACGCCAUCUUCAAAGACGUGUUGAAGACGCCCAAGGGGCCGUGCGAGCAGAUGGAUAUUGUCGGGCUUGAUGUUGUGCUAGAUAUUGAGAAGCAUUAUGCGGAGGCGCGCAGUGGGCUUCCGAGUGAGCCACGCGAGUAUUUGCAGAAGAUGAUCAAGGAGGGGAACCUGGGGGUGAAGAGUGGGCGUGGGUUUUAUGAUUAUGAGGCGGAGAAUGGGCAUUGAGCUGCAUGUAGUGUACAUUCAUCUUAGAGCAAUAUGCUUACAGCAAGAAAUACAUGAUUUAACUUAAGUAUAGUACUAGAUCAUCCGCCCAACAGAGUAGGGAACCGUCGGCGGCUCCCCAACAUAGUCAACCACCUUUGAGAAUGUCUCCCGAGCCGCCUUGACCGACUUGGAGCUCUGCGGUAAAUGACUCAGAGUCCUCUCAAACAGCCCUCGCAAGUUUGCGUGUGCCGUAUGGCUAAUCUUCCCAACCGCAAGAUCCCGAUCAACGGCUUUCUGCACGAGCUGCACCCCGGCCACGAUGUGGUGUGGAUAUGGGUCAAUCGAGGUAAUGGGCACAGUAACUGACGUCUCCGUCGCACCGACGUGGUCGAGUGUCCCGGAUUCCAUAUUCACGGUGAUGGUUAUGGUGUUGUGCAGGCCGAACAUCAACGUGCUGACCACCGCGCUCUCGGCGUCUGCGAUGGUGUCUUCGAUGUCGGCGAGGAGGUCAAGUCGGUCAGUGGCUUCGAUCACGUUGGCGAGGAGCAGGAUACUGAGAUGGUAAUGCAACAUCAGAGAAACUAGCAAGUCAGCCACAUACACACCAACAUAACGCUUUACGUAAAC